AGAAGGCGGGGCCCAGCCAGACGUACUUUGUUGUUUCGGUGGACUGAAGAAGAAAGAAGAAGAAGAAGAAGAAAAAACGAAACAAAAACUAAUUGGGACGUUUUCAGUGCAGCUGAGAUUCUUCGUCUUUGGUAGCAGAUAAAAGAUGUCUGAGGAGAAAUCUGCAUAUACCUCUUUGGAAGAGGGACCCCCUCCACAACCGGGGCAGCCAGCUGUUCCAGUAAUGGGGAUGCCCAUGCCUGAUCCAAACUUAUAUGGUGGUCCUGCCCCUGGCGGUCUCCCUUUCCCUUCACCAGGUGCUUUUGGACAGCCUGCAUAUUCUCAGGAGAAACCAGGCUCAUCUGGUCCACCCAUGGACAAUCAAGGCACAUCAGGAUUUACCAACCCAAACUUUUAUCCUGGAUACUUUAACCAGGGUUUGUAUCACAACAUCAGCGAUCCUGGGGCCAAUAUUGGUUACCAUGCUGAGGAUCCUCCACCAUUUUACGAGAAUCAAGACUUUGGUCAUAGUUUAGACGACAAGACCAUCAGACGUGCCUUUAUUCGGAAGGUAUACCUGGUGUUAACAGCUCAGCUGCUGGUCACAUUUGGCUUUGUGGCUAUUUUCACCUUUUCGUACGAUGUCAAGCUGUUUGUUGCGAAUCACAUCUGGACCUACUACGUGUCCUAUGCAGUGUUCUUUGUGUGCAUUAUUGCACUCAGCUGCUGUGGAAGCUUUCGCCGGAUGCAUCCUUGGAACCUGAUUGCAUUGGCCAUCCUGACGCUCUGUAUGUCGUACAUGGUGGGAAUGAUCGCCAGCUUCCAUGACACUGACUCUGUGAUCAUGGCAGUGGGCAUCACAGCUAUUGUGUGCUUUACAGUGGUGGUGUUCUCGAUGCAGACGAAGUACGAUUUCACCUCCUGUUACGGUGUGCUCUUCGUGUGUUUAAUCGUCCUGAUCGUCUUCGGUAUCCUCUGCAUCAUCAUCCGGAACAACAUUGUGCACAUUGUCUAUGCUGGACUGGGAGCAUUACUCUUCACCUGUUUCCUGGCGGUGGACACGCAGCUGCUACUCGGCAACAAGGAACUGUCCCUGAGUCCAGAGGAAUAUGUUUUUGCAGCUCUGAAUCUGUACAUGGAUAUUAUCAACAUCUUCCUGUACAUUCUGGCUAUUUUUGGAAAAGUACGGGGCUGAGCAGGAGGAGCAGCCGGCCCAAAGUCUAGUUUUGACUUCAUGUAUGGAAAUUAGUUCAUAUAAUCUUUUCUUGGCGUGUGCAUCACUUUCUUAUUCUUCACACACUUUAUCUUUUUUAUGAUUGUUUUAAUCUGAAAAUGAACUGCUGUCAAUGUCAUAUGUCGUGAUUUUUGGGGGAAAUGUAAAUGGCCUGUCUUGUUGACACAUGAAAACAUGCAUAAAACGUGUAUGUAAUCACAGUACCUGAAAAUAGCUUCCUUUGAUUACUUUUAUUUCACUAUGUCACUGUACAAAAUAUACAUGGUGUAAUGGAACAUAUGUUAUUGCUUUGCUUUUGGACAAUCAACAUUAUGGGUAGUAAGAUGAUGUGAAAAAACACGUGGAUCUAAGAGGCUUAAAUGGGUUAAGGUUAACAACCUUUUGGCUUAGCCAUUGUUUUACUGUGAACAUUGUCUUUUCUCUCUCUCUCUCUUGAUCUGACCAGGGUUUUUUUUUUUUCUCUCACUGUUACAUGGUGUUGGUUAAAUUUUGUCAUUCCAUUGGAGGAGAAUAACAUAAAAAAGAAUAGAUUGUU